UGAAUUAUACAACUGGGCAGCGCACCCAAUACUAUAAAUUCCUCUUUUCUACCUCAGCGGUAUUCUAGGGUUUACAGUGUAGUCGAAAAUGGUGAAGGGACGUCAAGGAGAGCGUGUAAGACUUUAUACUAGAGGAAUAGUUCUUGGAUACAAGAGGUCGAAGUCGAAUCAGUAUCCGAACACGUCAUUGAUUCAAAUUGAAGGAGUGAAUACUAAGGAGGAAGUUGAUUGGUAUUUAGGGAAGCGUAUGGCGUAUAUAUACAAGGCCAAAACUAAGAAGAAUAACUCACAUUAUCGAUGUAUAUGGGGUAAAGUUUGUAGGCCUCAUGGAAAUAGCGGUGUUGUUAGAGCUAAAUUCAAGUCCAAUUUGCCACCGAAAUCUAUGGGAGCUAAGGUUAGAGUUUUCAUGUACCCAAGCAAUAUAUAAGCAAGGUGCUUAGUAGAUGCUCUCUUGGACGCCCUACAUUUGUCUAUCAUAGCGAUGGAAGUAUCUGAAUCCUUAUAUUAUUUUGUUUUGGGCUAUGCGGAGUUGACAUUUUUAGUCUAUUUAUUUGUCAUGUAGUGUGAAACUGCAAUGAGCGAAACAUCUAAUUGGGUGUCGAAUUUUGUUGUUGGAGUUUCUAUAUACGGUCAUUUGGUUUUCUUUGCUACUAAA